GCCUCCAGGGCUGUCCUUCUCCGGGACUGCCUUCUCCCGGGCACCGCUCCGCGCCCAGCGCCAAGGGUAGCUGCCGGGCCGGGUACCCCGCGUAACGGCGGAAGCGGAGCGGUGGGCGGGGCCUGGCGCCGCCCCGCCCCCGCGCUUCCUCCUCUUUCACUUUCCUUUCCACGGAAAGCCGGUUCUGCCUCUCGAGCAUGGACUACCCGGACUGCGAUUCCACCUGGGAGGACGAGAGCGAGGAGGACGGCGAGGACGGCCAGGCGGAUGAUACGGGCGAUGAGGACACGGGCGACGAGGACGGCGACGCGGAGGAGACACGGCCAGGCGUGUUCCAGUCCAGGAUGACAGGGUACCGAAACUGGCGAGCUAUGCAGGACAUGCAAAGGUACCGGCACCACUACCCGGAUUUGGCAGAUCAAGACUGCAAUGGCGACAUGUCUAACCUGAGCUUCUACAAAAAUGAAAUCUGCUUCCAGCCAAACGGUCUUUUAAUUGAGGAAAUUCUUCACAACUGGAAAGACAACUAUGACCUCCUUGAAGAGAAUCACUCCUAUAUCCAGUGGCUGUUUCCUCUGAGGGAACCAGGAGUAAACUGGCAUGCCAAGCCCCUCACACUCAAGGAGGUUGAGGCAUUUAAAAGCUCUGAGGAAGUCAAAGAGCGUCUUGUCCGGGCCUAUGAACUCAUGCUGGGCUUUUAUGGGAUCCAACUUGAGGACCGGGACACCGGUGCCGUCUGCCGUGCACAGAACUUCCAGCCACGCUUCCACAACCUGAACAGUCACAGCCACAACAACCUGCGCAUUACACGCAUCCUCAAGUCGCUGGGAGAGCUGGGCUUAGAGCACUACCAGGCACCGCUGGUCCGCUUCUUCCUGGAGGAGACACUGGUACAGCACAAAUUGCCCAGCGUGCGUCAGAGUGUCCUGGACUACUUCCUGUUCGCCGUGCGUUGCCGACACCAGCGCCGGGAGCUUGUGUACUUUGCAUGGGAGCACUUCAGACCUCGCUGCCAGUUUGUCUGGGGGCCCCGUGACAAGCUGCGGAGGUUCAAGCCUCAUGGUAUACCCCGGCCACUGAUGGUACUAGGGCAGGCAGAUAAGGAUGAGGGCUCCGGGAAGACCAGGGGGAUGAGGCUGAGUCACUGAGCCCCAAAGAGCAAGAAGAGGAAGUUGGAGGGGAACAGGCAGGAGCAGGUCCCAGGGGAGUCAGAUGUAGAAAAAAUUGCCCUCAACCUUGAGGAGUGUGCCCUCAGCUCUGUCAGCCAGGAACCCAGGGAGGCUGAACAGCCCUGCCCUGUUACCCAUGGGGCCGGAGUGGCUGAUGAGGUAAGAAAACGGAGGAAAACGAUGGAGGAGAGGGCUGAGGGUGAUGGAGUAGCCAGUAACCAUCACACUGACAUGCAGGCCCAUGCCCCGCCUCCUACGCCUUCAGAGGGCCCUGAGGCCCAAAAGGAUGAGAAUGGGACA